CAGGCUAGUUGCAGAAGGCAUGGGUGCAGGUGAAAGGAAAAGAGAGGGAGGGAACGCACACGGAGAGAAGGAGGAGGAGAAAGCUAAUAGAAACCAAAGAUGACUGUGAGUGAAACAAAAUGGAUCCAACCAAGCCCAGCCUUUCCUCAAAGGCACCGUAUGUAAACAACGGUCGAGGAAAUGAGCCUCUGAUGGAGGACGCCUCGGGGCCGUGGAGGGACGCUGUGGACGGGGAGAGGCAGAGGGACGCAGACACCAGAGAGCCAGAUGUGGAUGUGACAACAGCAGCUGCAGAGAUCAACCAGCACCACAGGGGGUCGGCAGACAAAAACAAGUUCAACACACUCGGAUAUCAGAGGCGGACCAAGCAGAAAGUGGUGACUGACUUUGCCACAUUGAGUAAAGGAGCUUCUGCAGGAGCCAAACCCCGAGCAACACUGAGUAAAGUCCUGUUCAGCCAGGGAGUGUCGGAGAAGAACCCCGAGGGUCAGCUGGACGGGUUGAAGCAGGCUCUCGGGGCCUUCGCUGUGCCGCUCGAUCUGAAGUGGAGAUGGAAGGAGGAGAGUCAGGGAACCACGCUGGAGAAAAACUGGACAGAUACAGUGCACUCUCACUCAACCAUGUCGAAGAUGCAGAGACACCAGCAGGAGGCGCUGUGGGAGUUCGUCCACACUGAGCUCACCUACAUCAACAAGCUCAUCAUCAUCAAAGACGUGGUUAUCGCAGCUCUUUCCUACCUGCAGCAGAAUGGAUUCCUCCCUGAGGUGACGCCCGCGCUGCUCUUCUCAAACCUCUCCUCCGUCCUCACCGCCCACCAGCUGUUGUGGGAGGAGGUGAUUUACCCGAUGCUGCAGGAAGUCCGGAGGACAGGGAAGCCCUUUGACCCCCUGAUGUUAGAGGCCGGCUGCCUGCAGUUCCCUGAGCGCUUCAACUCCUACCAUCACUACUGUUGGGAGGAGGAAAACAACCUGGAGUUCACCCGCAGACAGAUGGAGAGCAGCCCACAUUUCGUCACUUUCGUCCAGUGGGUGGAGACUCACCCGAAGUGUGAGCGGAUGCGUCUCGGGGACAUGCAGGCCAAACCCCACCAGAGGAUCACCAAGUAUCCACUGCUGCUCAAAGCCGUGCUGAAGAACACACAGGACCCUCAUGUGCAGCACACACUCAGGGGCAUGCUCUCCGGUCUUAACACUUUCUUGGAGAGCAUCAAUGACUACCUGAAGCUGAAAGACGAGGAACUAGCUCUCACCAUCUCCGCUCAGCGGGUGGAGGGAUACGAGGUGGAGGGAAUAAAUGAAGACAUAGACAAGCACGUCCAAAAGAUCUGCCAGUUUGACCUCACGUGCCCCAUCAGAGGCGUCAGUCCUCAGGUCGUACGUAAGCUGCUGCUGGAGGAUAACCUGAAGAUUCGGGGGAGAAAAGACAGCAAGCUGGAAGUGGUGGCUCUGCUUUUCUCCGAUGUGCUUCUCAUGACCAAAGUCCAGAAGAAGGGCGAGCGUCUGAAGGUCGUUCGUCCUCCUCUGGCCCUCGACAGAACGCACUGCAUAGCACUGAAAGACGGCUGUUCAUUCGUCCUGGUGGAGGUGGGCGAGCUUCGCAGCGCUAUGAACGUCUACUUGUUUGCAGCCAGCACCUCAGAGCGCCGCUCCACGUGGGUCUCCACCAUCGAGCAGGCGAAGGAAACUCUAAAGACCCUGAGGCAGACAGAGAGCAAAAGACAGCAGCAGAACUGGAAAAUCCGGCUGCAGGAAGCCAGACCUGGCACCGAUGUCAAGACGGAGGAUUCGGAGACGGAGGAACCACCUCUUACGAAAUCAAAAAGAGAGUCUCUUGUGGAGGAACUGACUCAGAAACUCGUUAUCCCUCGUGCAAUAAACGGGAUCGUGGCGUCUAAAGAAGCGGACGAUGAUGAGGUCGAUCCUGUUGGAUCUUUUUUGCACCCCCAGCCCAAAGACAAUAAAAGUAAAAUUGUGAGUAAGGGCGUCGCUAGUCGGCAAAAGACAGUCAAAGAAUAUGAAUGGAUAGAAAUGGGAGAGAGAGGAGAAGGGGACAUGAUGCACACUAAAGACGAGGACAGAAUAACUGAGUCUGCAAUGACAACAGAGCAAAGGACGAUCUGGAACCAGAGGGCGCACUCCGCACCUAAUCUGGAUCAUUUCAAUCACAUUGCUGCAGCGCAACCGUUUAGAUACAACCCAAAUGGACCACGUGUCAUCUCGUAUCCGGAUGUUGACUACCCAAUGGACGAAGAAAGUACUUUACAACUUCCUAACCAACCAGUCAUAUCCAGGGAGGGGCUUGAGGUUUUAAGAGGACCAGGAGAGAGAGGAAUAUCAACAAGGAGAGACUCAGAUUCCCAGUCUGUGAACCAGGACUCAAGACGAAGUUCCUACAGCCAGUCUGGAGACGUGGAGACACCUACAGAGGCUUGGGGUUUCACCAAAAAUUUAAAAUCACCGGGGUUGCGCAGGAAGAGGCCGAUCGCUACCAAUCACACCUCCUCUACUCAGACGUCUGGGCAGAAAAACAACGACUUUUUCUCAGACUCAAGAGCCUCCCUGAAGAGAAACUCUCACCCGUCUUCCGACGAUUCACACCGGGUGCUAAAGCUGGGCUCCCUGAAGCCCAACCAAGGCAUGUUUUGGAGCAAGUAUGAUAGAGUCUCUCCAGACCCCCAAACACUGUCUGAAUCCGAGCUCCCCGAUCACAAAAUCCAUAGAAGAGUGAAAACCCAAAGGAGUGCAUCCAUUCCCAACAUCAUCAUCGAAGGAGUACACGGACUUCCCUUUAACCACGGCAGUCCGUACUCCCAAAUAAAGGAUGUGCCGUUGAGAGAGAAUCCAAACGGACACUUCUCGCCUCUGGAGGGGCUUUUGGUUAGAGCCAAAGAGCGAGAUGGAUUAAAGAAAAACAGAGAUGUGCAAAAGACUAAUUCGAGGGGAAAGUAUCCUCCUCGAUCCCCCUCUGUGUCUUCAACGGCGUCACCAUCGCCUGCUCCCAGUGACGGAGACAGAGAAUCAGAGUGGGAGGAGGAGGUGGAGCUGAUGAGACACCGAGCGCUGACCGUGAGUAAAGGCUGGAAGGAGCAGCUGGUGGACGGGGAUGAAGAAGACAAGACCAACAGUGUCAUCUUUCAAGACGGAGUAAAUGUGGACUGGUCCGGGUGGUGCUUUGACGAUGAUGAAGUCAUGGAUCAUUUACACCCUGAAGGGGAGGGUUUCCUGGAGGGCAUCAACCGAUCGUUGGUCUCCCUGGAUAUCCGAGGAAUUUUAGAACAAGACGACGGGGAGUGUAGUCACGUGUAGCGCUAAGAAUCAGCGCCUUUUUUACAUGGAGGAAAAGCUGGAGCACGUAGAAUAGGAUCCAUAUGUCGAGUAAACUUCUAUUUCUCACAAAGGUCUUCCGUCUGUAAUGCGUGCACUUAAACAUUCUGUAAUUAAUGUAAAAUAAUGUCAUAUAUUUCAUAUUCUGUUCAUAUGCUGUUUAUAUACUGUGUAAAUAUAAUGAAACAUACUUUUUUAUAAAUGCCUGUAUAUAUUAUUUAUAUCAGGGAUAAUGUUCCCUUUUUCCUUGACCUUUCAGAUUGUUUAUAAUGUAACAAAUAAACCAGUAUUUCUGUUAAAUAA